AUGGAUGCUCUCACUGGCAGCCCCCUUGGAUGGCUCUGCAUGGGCGUCACUGCACUUUUUGGGGCAACUGUGCUCCGCACAGCCAAGAGGAGCCCGGCAGAGCAAGCAAGUGUGCUGGUCUGGAGGCUCCUGCCCGCCUUGCUGGGGCUGCUGUGUGGGGCCACGCUGGGUCCUGGCGGGGGGCUGGUGGUGUUUUGUGCCGCGUGUGUUGUCUCCUCUGUGUACCUGGGUGGCAGGGCGCUGCUGCCCGUGGGCGACAAAGCUGUGCUCAUCACAGGAAGCGACACUGGGAUUGGACAUGCACUGGCUAAAUACCUGGAUAACUUAGGUUUUGUUGUGUUUGCUGGAGUUUUGAAUAAGGACGGACCUGGAGCUGAGGAACUGAGACAGACCUGUUCUCCAAGACUCUCUGUCCUGCAGCUGGAUAUAACCAAUGCCACCCAAGUCAAGGAAGCCUAUCUAAAAGUCUCAGAGAAGAUGCAAAAUACAGGACUCUGGGGACUUGUGAACAACGCGGGCAUCCUGGGCUUCCCUGCUGAUGGUGAGCUGCUCCCCAUGAGCAUGUACAGGCAAUGCAUGGAGGUGAAUUUCUUUGGGGCUGUAGAGGUGUCCAAGACCUUCUUACCGUUACUUCGGAAAUCCCAGGGGAGGCUGGUUAACAUGUCCAGCAUGGCAGGAGGCAUUCCACUACCGAGGUAUGCUGCGUACGGUGCAUCAAAAGCAGCUCUGACCAUGUUUUCUGGAGUAAUGAGGCAAGAGCUUUCCAAAUGGGGAAUUAAAGUUGCUGCAAUUCAUCCGUCAGGCUUCCAAACAGGUAUACAAGGCACAUCCGACCUGUGGGAUAAGCAAGAAAAGGAUCUGAUGGAGAACCUUCCAGCAGACACAAGGCAAGACUACGGUGAGGACUACCUCCUGGGGCUGAAGAGCUACCUUGUGCACAUACCCGCGUACUGCGCCGCCGACCUCUCCCCUGUGCUGAGCGCUGUCCUGCACGCUUUGCUGGCCAAGAGACCACAGGGCUUGUACACCCCUGGCAAAGGGGCUUACCUGCUCCUCUGCAUCUUCUGCCACUUUCCUCUCUGGUUCUAUGACUUUUUCAUUAGUAAGAUGCUAAGCACUGAGUCUGUCCCAAGGGCGCUGAGAACAUCAGAAGCUGAAAGCAAGAAUCUCUAA